AUGAUAAGAUAUUGCAUACGAUUUAUCCAUACCACGAAAGGAUGUAAGAAUUCAAUUGAUUUGGUUUAUGAAAAUUUUGUAAAAGGUAAACCGUCGAAAACAGUGUCAAAAAAACUGAUAGUACCAAUUGAAGGAAAAUCAAGUUCCUACACUAUAAUAGAUAGAUGGUUGCUUGAUAGUAUUGACCCUCAGGUUUCAAACAGCAGUCAUGGCACCAGAUGUGAGCUAAGGUUAGCAACUGUCUUAAAAACGUUACAAAGGUUGAGAUCGGCAAAUAAAAACGAUCUAUAUUUUCAGCUGUUGAACAAAAUACAUUCUACCAAUAUCAACUGGAUACCAAAAUUAAGAAAUGCCCAGUUAUCGGUACCUGAUGAACUUUAUUAUGAAGUUUCUACAAUGCUUUAUAAGCUAUCGAUAACACAAAAUUAUGAGGACAAUCUUCUGUUAAGUAAAUUUAUACUUUGCUUCUUGAAAGAUUUUAAUCCAACUGAUAAAGGAAAUUUACAAACAAGAGUCAGAUUUUUCAAAAAUUGUUUAACGCCAAUCACUAAAUCAGGAUCAAUGGCGUUAGUUGAAUCGGGAUUAAAACUGCUUCCGACGGGUGAUAAGGUGUUAACCAAUACUCUGACUUAUCUCGUACUAAUGUCAUUUUAUAAUGAAACCAAUCAAUUGCUUAGAUUAGUUGACCAUAUAAAGCACAAGGAAAUUAUGGUUCACGGUGUAGUAGAUAUUAGUAUAUUUGAAUCCCUCCUAGCAAAGGUUUUGAGGAACCUAUUAAAUAAUGGCCUUGAGGAAGACGCUCAGUAUUUGUUGGAGAAAUGCGUAAUAGAUUGGAAUUUACGAUUUAAUGAUCACAAUAUAUCCUCAUUUGACGAAUUAUGCAGAAAAUUUGCAUACUUUCGAUUACUAGAUAAAUUGUCAUUAUUGACAAAUUCAGUUCAACCUCUGGAAAUUUUGCCAUUAAAAUCGAACUUAUUUGAUAAUUCAGCUUUCGAGAAAUUUUUGUCACAUUGGCAAGGUAAUCAGAAUAAAACAAAUGCAGAAAAAUGUGAAGGAAUAGAUUUUGCUAUUACGAAGCUUCCAAGAACUGGAAGCUCACUUGAAGUAUGGUCUACUCGGUUAGAAGAGAUAUUAAAGUACCAAGAAGAAACACUAAGCGAAGAAAGCACGAAAAAAAUGACGAUUAAUUUGAUUCUCACUCGUUUAGCAGGCGAGAAGUCUUUCGGUUUUCUUCUGCAAAUUCUGUCUAAGCUGUAUUUUGAGUUAAAUUUUGAUAUACCUUUAAGUCAAUGUGUUCUUACCGGUAUGAAAAAAAAUUCGGGUUAUCAUACUCUAUUCAAAUCUAUCAGCAGUUCUUCCUCAGCAUUUAUGACAGGUCUUAAACUCUUUUGUUUUUUGCAAGAUUUUAAUUAUGAAUUUACCACGGAUGAUUUCAAAUAUCUCACUUCCAAGGCCAAUACCUUAAAAACUUUUGAUAAUCAGUUUUCUCUAACUACAUUUUAUUCGAUUCAGUUCCUAAAACUGUUUGGUCAUAAUUUUUAUAAUAAAGAGGAAGAAAAAUGGAGUAUGAGAGCAAAUGACUUUGGUAUAUUCUUUGAAGAUAGUGCAAUCAUGAAGAACGUUAAGAAGUUUUACGAAGCGUCCCAGGGAUCCAUAAUUACAGAUGAUACUUUACGAACAAUUUUUGGAGAAAGCUACAAUGACCCGACUUCAAUCAAUGGUGUCAAAGAACAAUUAUUACCGAUUCUAAGAAAAAAUGAUUCGAUAUUGAAUUCUUAUGAUGAUGCUUCAAACGAUUACGUUUUGUCGAUUGAUCUGAAAUAUUCAGAAGAUUUAAUGGCUUUACUGGAUGCUAUUGAAGAAUAA